UCAGAGCAGGUGAGGCAAGGCAGCGCACACCUGUCACUCAUCAGGAGCCUGUCAGUUCCAGCCAAGCCUUGACUUUGAUAAACAAUAUGCUUUCCUUUGCUGGAAUUACGAAGAAAAUGACCUCUUUAGAGUUUUCGUUAAUCAUUUUCAUACUGGUGCCUCAUACCAUAUCGUUAGGACGCUGCGAGGACAUUUCCUUCUCAAUAUGCUGGAUGAGCAAGGGCGGUGCUCUGGAACGGCAAAAUGGAAACAUAUGGCUCAAUGAUACAUCACUAAAAUCCAUCAGGAAGGUGGGUAAAGUUACGUCGCUGACGGUGUCCCCAGCUGUUGAAAACAAGCUAACUCUUCAGUAUAGAGGUUCUGUUCGGGCAUGGACUUUAAUAAUCACUCCACGUACAAAGUUCAUUCAAAUCAGAGGCUGGCAGAAACCCCUAGAGCAACCAACAACUGUCACUAAGCGCUUCCUGGAGUUGAUGAGUCCCACUGAGGUUUUUGCAUGUGAAAAUGGCACAUUAUUCUUCCACCAAGAUGAAAACUUCUUCCUUGCAAUUGGCCACACUAUGCGUCUCCCUGUCAAGCUCGAGUCCAGGACUUCCUACAUGUUUCUGGUCUCCUGGGUGGAGAACCGUCCAGCUGUCAGCCACAGCGACACUGUGACCCUGUACCACACUGAACUGGGCUCCUAUAACACUCUCAGCAUGGACACUACCACCAGCAACCAGUACCGCUUCACAGCUCUGGACUCCUGCAGCCCCUAUGUGGCCUGUGUGGAGAUUGCAGGCACUCGCUCCUUCACCUGCCUCUCUACCAUUACCGACCCAGACAUUCCCCAACACUUUGAGGUGACGUCAUGGAACAACAGCAGCAGCUUAGCGUUGGCCUGGGACUGCCCUGAGAACCGCAAGUUCUCCCUCUUCCUCCUCACCGCCUUCUACCUCAAUGGCACAGACCACAUCACAGAAGAGGUACGCUUCUGGCACAAGGAGGACAACUUUGUGUUCAUCUUGUCUGACCUGCAGCCCUGCAUCAGGGUUAAGUUUGGCCUGCAGACGGUUUGCCAGGCAGGGAUGGAGUCCCGCUACAGCAAGAUGGUCCUGAACGAUGGAAACUCUGCUCACUCCAGCAUCGAGGCCUUGCAUCAAACAUUGUUUGGCCCCGACAACUACACCCUGAGCUGGGAAGUGAGGAACACGUCGUCCAUCUCCAUGUUCAGAGUCUACCACGAGGGGGUGCUGCAGGGCACCACGCUCACUACCAACUACACUGUGGGGGGGCUGCUGCCAUGCCAACAGUAUCAGGCCAAGGUGGAGGCGCUGUGUGGAGACAGCGUGGUCAUGAGUGCCAAGACAGUCACAGCACACACAGGACUGCAUGGUGUGUCUGAGCUCAGGUAUCGCUCUAAUGACUCCACCGCCCUGUGGAUCCCCAGCACCACGCGCCAACAAGCUGUGGCCUUUUUAUACGAGCUGGCUCUGGAGAACGGCCCCACCAUCCAGAGAAGCCGUGUGACUGACACAAAGCUGCAUCUACCAGGACUGGAGGAAGGGAAGACGUAUGUCCUCGAUGUGUGGGAGGAAUGUGACGGGCAGUGGGAGUCGGAACAUUCUCAUGUGUGUUUUGAGGGCACUAAUUCAUCCGUAGAGCUCCACGUGAGGGCUGCUGGAUCUGCUACGAGCCAAGAGAUGCAAUUAGAUUUUUCCAUCAUUGGUCUCAUACUGGUAGUGCCCUGGUCACUGCCUGAGGAGCUGCAGGACGACGUGUCAGAACCAAGAGAUAAAAUGGGGAAGAUUUUCGAAGAUAAGCUUCAGAAGCUAUUGAAAGACUUUCAUCAGCCAGCCCGCAUUGAGGUGGCCACCUUUAAACCUGCAGAUGAGCCAGACAAAACAGAGAUUCUGUUUAUGUCUUUUGAUGCAUCCAGAACUGAAGAAGACUUGCCCCUACCUGUUGAAGAUCAGCUGGAUUACAUUCGCUCCCUGAAUACAACCGACUUCACAGUUAAAGAUGGGGUCAUUCACUGGAACGGUCCAGAUCUGUGCGCUUUCCCCAAGAGGACUUUGUGUCCCCGUAAUUCUCUGUGCAUCAACACUCUGGGCUCCUACACCUGUGUGUGCCAACAUGGCUACUACGAUGUGAGCUCUGUCAUCAAGCCUACUGUGGCUUCACAUCCAGCCUGCACUGAAAAAGGCCUUUUCAGCCAGUGUCUGGAUAAAGUGGUGUCUGGGGGAAUAGCAAAACCCUACCUGACUUCUGUCUUCGGGGGAAAGGUUGAUGUGAAGCUGAAUGAUGGGCGGUGCACUGUGGAUGAGAGUGAGAUUUUCUACUACUUCCGCACCUCACGAAAAGCCUCUGAAUGUGGAACUGAGAGGCGGGUGAACAAAACCCACAUUGAGUUCCAAAACACUCUGACGGUGACCUUGACCAGAGAGCAAACCAUCAGCCGGCGGGAUCUAACAGUUGCCUGGAAGUGUGUCUACCCACGACAUUAUGUUCGCAAUACUCAAGUCAGUGUGGAUAUGGCGUGGCUCUCUUCCUUCUCCCUGGUGGAGUUCAGCUCAUCACUGCAGCUGGGCCUGACCAUGAACCUAUACACCGAUUACACAUACACUGACAGCUACAGGGAUGCCAUAACCCUCAUGCCUGAGGACACCCUGUUCUUCCAGGUGACCCUGCAGACCAACAACUCUUUUGCGUCAGACGUGCUCCUGCAGGUGGAGUCAUGCUGGGCCACUGAGAGCACCGACCCACAGGACACAGUCCAGGGUGUUCUUCUGCAGAAUGGCUGUCCUGUUGACUACACGUUCUGCUGGCUCUCUGUUAACGGCCUGGAACAGGAAAGCAGAUUUUCCGUUGAGAUGUUCACCAUGCCUCAAGGGUUGCCCUUCUACAUUCACUGCCUGACCAACAUAUGUGGACAUGAUGAAGACUGUACAAAGAAUUGCACCAGCCAGCAGCGCACCAAGAGGUCAGUGAGCCAGAUGGACAGAAAGGGGAAACAAGCUGCCAUCGUGUCUGCCGGACCUCUGGUGGUCAACAAGAGGGUGAGGUCAGGAGUCGGACCGUCUUACUGGGCAGAGCACAUGACAAUGAUCUGCAUUGUGGCUGGAUCGAUAGGCUUUUUGGGAGUAACUCUACUCUCAGUGAGUGCAACCAAAGCAAUCAUGACUUACUAUGAACAACUACGGCUGCAAUAAAUUGUUUGGAACACCA